AUGCAAGAUGCCAAAGAGAGCAGAAAAAAAGAAAUAGUCACAACACUUGGAAACUGCCCGACUUCGCAGACACAUCUGCACAGAAUCUCAACCGAGGAUAUGGCAUUUGUCUGCACGGUCUGCAAAGAAGUUCUGCUCAAGAAACACAUCCCCAAACACAUAUGCGAGAGCCCAGCAGAAAAAAAGCCAGAGGCAGAAGAUACCCUGUACUACGACACGCACUGUGCAGUGAUAGACCAGGAGAGCGGGGUAAAGUGCUCGCGAAGUCUCAACUGCAAAGUGCACUCUAUUUUCAUGAAAAGAGCGAUAAACAAGAGAUCCCAGCCGUUCGAUGCUCUGCUGAAGAAGUCGAUGGAAGAGAGAAAGAAAAGAAAGAUCGAAAAAGACGACGAAAAAGCAGACAAGCGAGAGAAGAUAACAGACGAGUGCCACAAACUCGAGGAUGUCAUUUGCAGCAAGCUGAUGUCUCAUAUUCCAAUAAUCGAAAAGACCUUCUAUCUUCCCGAGAUAAAGUUUGACACUCUUGCCGUCAGAAGUUUGUUCUUCCAGCCUUUGAAAAUAUAUCGGAUGUCCCAGGAAAAAAAGCCUAAUAAAAAGUAA